AUGGCCGAGGAUAUUCCCCCAGGUCUAAACGACAAAUACUCUCACCAUGUUGCCAUUCAGAUCUCUCGUCAGCAAAACUCUCAAACCGUUAAUGACUACCUUGCGCGGAACAUUGUUAAGAUAGCUCGCGAUCAACCUGGUCCUAAAACUUUUAUUUUGGCUUGUAAGGGGCUCGGUCGCUAUCCUGACGAUUUCUUGACUGAAAUAUUCGAAGAGGUCAGAAUAAGGGAUAGGUAUGAUCAAGUUCACGGAAAAUCCGGCCUUAGCGAAUCUUCAACCUUCGGUGCACCAGAAAGAGCUACGGACACAGGUAGCAAUUUGCCGGGAGGUUUGCUACUUGCACGGAAGGGGGAUAGGGGUGGAGGCAAUGGAGAAGAGGGUGGGAAGAAGGAAUCUCGAUUGGGAUUGGAUAGGCUUGCGAAGAGAAUCAAGCUGGAUUUAGCCGCAGAUGGAGAACCCGAAGGCGAUCCAAAAGAGAAGAAUGGUGAUGAGAAGAUUGAGUUCAAGAAACCCGCUAUACCGAUUGGAGGACGACAUAUCCGAGAACGGCGGGUAGAGACGCCGUCUCAUGGCCCAGGUCUUUCGCAAGAAGCUCGGGAAAGACUAAACGCCCAUCGUGCAAGGCGUGGUGGUGAGGGUGGGAGAGACGACAGGGGCGGUGAUAGGAGGGGAUAUUCGCGAGAUUACUAUCCGAAAGAUUUGAGAGAUCGCCGUGACAACUCUAGGUAUACACCUCAGAAUCUCCGCAGACAAGACCCGACGCCUUUACGGAAUGUGGAUGUACGGUACACGGAGCGAUAUGCGAACGCCCGCCCUUCAACAUCACGCUCAUCGAGGUUUGGAAACGCCACUCCUCGCAUGCCCAGUACUUUUGACCGCGACCCUGAGGAUGUACCGGAGAUAAAUGAGGAAGACGACUCAGCUCUCGACCGAGAUUGGUAUGCGUCUGACGAACUGGGGCAUGCUUUUGGAGAUGAAUAUCACAAUCCGUUUGGAUCGGCCGAUAAUUCCUGGGCAGAUCAGCAGCGUGAGCAGGCCCUUCUUGAGAAAAAGCAGGGGAAGCGCAUGUCUGCCCGGGCGCAACAGAAGAUGAAGGAUGUUGAUGCAUGGGAGACCAAUCGAAUGCUCACAUCUGGAGUCGCCCAGAGAGCCGAUUAUAAUGACGAUGACCUUGACGACGAUGAGGAAGUUCGAGUUCAUCUACUCGUCCAUGAUUUAAGGCCACCCUUCUUGGAUGGGCGAAGGGUAUUCACAAAGCAACUUGAUCCUGUGCCUGCAAUUAGAGACCCCCAGAGUGAUAUGGCUAUAUUCAGCAAGAAGGGGAGUUUGCUGGUCAAGGAAAGGAGGCAACGAAGGGAAAGGGAAAAACAGGCACAAGAGGCUACGAAUAUUGCUGGCACGGCACUAGGGAACGUGCUAGGGAUAAAGGAGGAUGAUGAUGGGGACAGUGCGGCGCCCACUGGUGGUGGUGGGAAGGAGGAAACCAGCGGAUCGAAGUUUGCUGAGCACAUGAACAAGCAAAGGCCGGGUGAAGGGAAUAGCGAGUUUACAAAGAGCAGGACUUUGAGAGAGCAGAGGGAGUUUUUGCCUGCCUUUGCUGUUCGGGAGGAUGUCUUGCGAGUUAUCCGGGAUAACCAGGUAGUGGUUGUAGUCGGAGAGACUGGCUCGGGAAAGACAACUCAAUUGACUCAAUUCCUAUAUGAGGACGGAUACGGAAAGAUUGGGAUGAUCGGAUGCACGCAACCUCGAAGAGUGGCGGCGAUGAGUGUAGCAAAACGUGUGAGUGAGGAGAUGGAGGUGAGAUUGGGCGGCUUAGUUGGAUAUGCUAUUCGUUUUGAAGACUGUACUAGCGAUGAAACAGUUAUCAAGUAUAUGACGGAUGGUGUCCUCCUCCGUGAGAGCUUAGUUGACCCAAAUCUAGACAAGUAUUCAUGCAUCAUCAUGGACGAAGCACACGAGCGUGCACUAAAUACCGAUGUGCUCAUGGGGUUGAUUAAGAAAAUACUUGCGCGUCGUAGGGAUUUGAAACUGAUUGUUACCUCUGCCACCAUGAACGCUGAGCGGUUCUCUCGGUUUUAUGGCGGCGCACCAGAGUAUAUCAUCCCCGGGCGCACAUUUCCCGUGGAUGUGCUUUGGUCAAAGUCCCCUUGCGAAGAUUAUGUCGACGCCGCUGUCAAACAGGUGUUGCAAAUUCAUAUUGGUCAAGGAGUGGGCGAUAUCCUUGUGUUUAUGACUGGGCAGGAGGAUAUCGAGAUUACUUGCGAAGUAAUUGCUGAGCGACUCAAACAGCUGAAUAACCCUCCAAAAUUGAAUAUUCUUCCUAUUUAUUCACAGAUGCCGGCUGAUCUACAAGCCAAAAUAUUCGAGCGGGGAGAGGGCGGAGCGAGAAAAGUAAUCGUAGCCACCAAUAUCGCCGAGACCAGCUUGACGGUUGAGGGCAUUAUGUACGUUGUUGAUGCCGGAUACUCCAAGCUAAAGGUAUAUAAUCCACGGAUGGGUAUGGAUGCAUUACAGAUUACUCCGAUAUCUCAAGCCAAUGCUUCGCAGCGAUCCGGGAGAGCUGGCCGUACUGGACCGGGAAAGGCUUAUCGAUUGUAUACCGAACAGGCCUUCCGAAACGAGAUGUACCUGCAAACGAUUCCUGAAAUACAACGCACAAACCUCAGCAACACAGUCCUUAUGUUGAAGAGCUUGGGAGUCAAGGACUUGCUGGAGUUCGAUUUUAUGGAUCCCCCACCCCAGGAUACAAUGACAACGAGCUUGUUCGACCUUUGGGCUUUAGGGGCCUUGAAUAAUGUUGGUGAACUUACCUUUCUUGGAAAGACGAUGGCGAGCUUUCCAAUGGACCCUUCGUUAUCAAAGCUUAUCAUUAUGUCUGGAGAGUACAACUGCGGCGAGGAAAUGUUGACUAUUGUCUCCAUGCUCUCUGUGCCAAGCGUGUUCUACCGCCCGAAGGAGCGGCAAGAGGAGUCCGACCAAGCGAGGGAAAAGUUCUUUGUUGCAGAGUCCGACCAUUUGACGCUAUUGCACGUAUACACUCAAUGGAAGUCAAACGGGUAUUCUGAUCGAUGGUGUAUUCAGCAUUUCUUGCAGCCAAAAGCGCUAAGAAGGGCAAAAGAAAUCCGAAACCAAUUAAUGGACAUCAUGAAGUUUCAAAAGAUGGAGUUGAAGAGUUGCGGGACUGAUUGGGAUAUUAUCAGGAAGUGCAUUUGCUCCGGAUAUUACCAUCAAGCAGCUAAGGUUAAGGGCAUUGGAGAAUAUACGAAUCUGAGAACCAGCGUCACUGUGCAGUUGCACCCGACAAGCAGUCUAUAUGGACUGGGCUAUCUGCCCGAUUAUGUUGUUUACCACGAGCUCAUCCUUACGAGUAAGGAGUACAUGUCGACCGUGACUGCGGUGGAUCCGCACUGGCUUGCAGAGCUUGGCGGUGUUUUUUACAGUGUCAAGGAGAAGGGCUAUUCUGCUCGGGAGAGGCGAACAACGGAAAACGAGAUUAAUAAAAGAAUGGAGAUUGAGGCGAAGAUGGCAGAAGAUAAGGCAAGAGCAGAGGAGGACGCAGCAAAUGCCCGUGCCGCGGCAUCAGUCAAGAGGCCAAUGACUACCAUGACGCAAAAGAGAAUGGGUACACAGACUGGGGUUGUUAAACGGCCGAGCACGCCAGCAAUGAGGAAGAGGGGAUUUUAG